AUUCCCAGUUUGGGCCGUCCCGCAUUCACCCUUGACAAGGAAAAACCCACCCAGAACAAUAUCCGACACGAACAACAACACUACCGGUCAUUGAGACUCACCCCAAUCUGAACACCUUGAACCACCUCACAAUACCAUAGACUUACCCCACCCACGCACUUCAUCAUGAACUCUGCAGCUCGACUAUCCCGGGCCAUUCAGCCUCUUUCGUUCCAGUCUAGGACAUUAUCCCGAACUAUUCCCUUCGCUUCAAACUCUCACUUGCAGCAGCGAUGGUCGUCUAGUGGCAAGGUCACCGGUCCCGUCAUCGGUAUCGAUCUCGGAACCACCAACUCCUGUGUCUCCAUCAUGGAAGGCAAAAGCCCAAGGGUGAUCGAAAACACCGAGGGAGGACGAACUACGCCUUCAGUCGUGGCCUUCACCAAAGACGGUGAAAAACUGGUCGGAAUCCCUGCCAAACGUCAAGCCCUAGUCAACUACGAAAACACAUUCUUCGCUACCAAAAGGCUGUUGGGCCGAAAAUUCUCUGAUGCUGAAGUUCAGAAAGACAUCAACCAGGUCCCUUACAAAAUCGUCAAACACACCAAUGGUGACGCUUGGCUGGAGGCACGUGGACAAAAAUAUUCACCCAGUCAGAUAGGUGGAUACGUCGUUCAGAAGAUGAAGGAGACCGCCGAAGGCUACCUGACAAAGGAUGUUAAGCACGCCGUUAUCACCGUUCCUGCCUACUUCAACGACGCUCAGCGGCAAGCAACCAAGGAUGCCGGUGCCAUUGCCAAGCUGGAUGUUCUCCGUGUGAUCAAUGAACCCACCGCUGCUGCUCUGGCAUACGGUCUGGACCGCGAAGAAUCGCGGCUCAUUGCUGUAUACGACCUUGGAGGUGGUACUUUCGAUGUUUCGAUUCUUGAAAUGCAGAAGGGUGUCUUUGAAGUCAAAUCAACCAAUGGUGACACACACUUGGGAGGUGAAGACUUCGAUAUCGUACUGGUCGACCACAUCAUCUCCGAGUUCAAGAAAGACACCGGUAUCGAUCUUAGCAAAGACCGAAUGGCUAUUCAACGAAUCCGAGAAGCCGCCGAAAAAGCCAAAAUCGAACUAUCGUCUACUUCGCAAACCGACAUCAACCUCCCAUUCAUCACCGCCGAUGCCACAGGGCCCAAGCACAUUGACAUCAAGCUGGGUCGGGCUAAAUUCGAAUCCCUCGUUUCCAAGCUAGUCACCCGAACUGUCGAACCUUGCAAGAAGGCCAUCGCAGAUGCCGGUAUCAAGAAAGACGAGAUCAACGAUGUGCUAUUGGUCGGAGGUAUGACACGAAUGCCCCGGGUUAUCGAAACCGUUAAAUCGCUGUUUGGUCGAGAGCCAAGCAAGGGUGUGAACCCCGAUGAGGCUGUCGCUGUCGGCGCUUCAAUCCAGGCUGGUGUUUUGUCCGGUUCCGUCACAGAUGUUCUUCUGCUAGACGUUACUCCGCUUUCAUUAGGUAUCGAGACCCUUGGUGGCGUCUUCACGCGGCUAAUUAACCGGAAUACCACUAUUCCUACCAAGAAGUCCUCCGUCUUCUCCACAGCCGCUGAUGGCCAGACGGCGGUUGACAUCAAGGUGUUCCAGGGUGAACGAGAACUUGUCCGGGACAACAAGCUAUUGGGUAACUUCCAACUUGUUGGAAUUCCUCCUGCCCCCAAGGGAAUUCCUCAAAUCGAAGUUACCUUCGACAUUAACGCCGAUGGUAUCGUCGAUGUCUCUGCCAAGGACAAGGCAACAAACAAGGAGCAAUCCAUUGUCAUUGCAGCCUCGUCCGGUCUAUCAGACAAGGAAAUUGAGCGAAUGAUGAACGAAGCCGAGCAGCACGCCGAAAGCGACAAGGAACGCCGAGGAGUCAUCGAGGCGGCCAACCAAGCCGACAGUGUCUGCGCAGACACUGAAAAGGCCAUCAAGGAGUUCGGCGACAAGGUUCCAGUUGAAGAGAAGGAGGAGGUGAUGAAGUUGGUAGCCGAGCUACGCGAACUUGCUGUGAAGAGUCAGAGUGGUGACGAAUCUAUCAAGGCCGAAGACAUCAAGGAAGCCGUUAGCAAGACGCAGCAGAAAAGUUUGAACUUGUUUGCCAAGGUCUACGAAGCCCGUAACAAGGAAGAACAGUCCUCCAACGACUCUGGUUCCACCCCUCCACCCCCGGAAUCAGACGAACAGAAGAAGAAAGAUUAGAUCAUCUUACAUAUCUCCCCCCACCACCUCCAAAAAAAAAAAAUCCCGAUCACCCUUCGUCUCAGAUCGCCUCUGAUAGAAAUACAUUAACUUCUCAUUAAUGAAGGUGGAUCUAACGAUUUCAAUGCCGAUUUUACAUGUUGAUAAUUGUCCAAUUCCUUUUUUUUUUCUCUUUGCUCUUUUGCAUGUAAUUGGCGAUACUUGUUUUUCUUUGUCUGGUGCCAUUUUUUUUCUCUAUCUCUUCUUUCAAUCCAUACCCCUCAUCCCCCCUAUGAAAGAAAAUCCCUUGUUACAAUCCCCUCUCUCUAUGAAACUUAUAACGAUAAGAACAAAAAAAAAACAAGAAAGAAAAGAUUACGAUACAAACAUAUGUUGAUUGAUAUGCUCAGAUAUGAACAUCACUCGAUCACAUUGAUCAAGUGUAAUAACAAGGGAUUUGGCCAUCCUGAAUCUCAAAAGCCGAUCUGACCUGAG